AUGGCAGAAGCAAUUUUGCUCCAGCAAGGGCAUACAAGUGAAAAAUUGAUGGAAGAAGCCUUGCAUAUCCAUAGAAUCAUUCCACAGAGAAGUAUUGAUGAGAUAUACUCAUCACUUGAAACUUUCUGUGAUGAUCCAAAGAGGGUAAAGAGAGUUGUGCUCAAGUUUUUGGGUCAUGUAAAGGAAGGCAGUCCCACUGCUGAUGAUGCCAUUGAAGAAUUAUCUAAGAGACCGAAGGAAAGAAACUAUGAUGAUGAGCAUAAUCAACCAUCUACAUCAGGGAUACCAUCAAAAAAGCCUUCUGAAAUUCCUGUUACGAGUGAUGCAAAUGGAGACAAUGGAACUAAGCCUCUGACAACUAGAGAUAUACCAGUGGAUGCUGAUGUGUCAGCACAUAGUGAUUCUCUUCCUGCUGAAAGUGACAAACGUGUCAUAGCAGAUGAAGCAUCAACUUCUUUUUCGGAUCCUACAGUUCCAGGCUGUGUUGGAAAUGGAAAUCAUAAGAACAUGUUUGACAGGAUCCUUCAAGCUGACUUAACACUGCCUGGACCAUCUACUGCAAACUAUGACGAUUUACUUGUCCCUCCUCCUCAACUUGAUGACAGCAAUGUUGUAUACACUGAUGUUAAUGAGGUGGAUGGUGAAAGUAAACAAGCAUAUUACAAUACUCUCAUGAAAAUUUUUCCUGAUGCUCAAAAGGAUUUUGUGAAAAGCAUGUGUGAUAAAUGUUCACAAGAUGCCAACUGGUUAAGUAAUGCUACAUCAAGUUUAUUGGUAAAUGGUUACCCAAAAGCUGCAGAUAACAGUGAACAGGAAGUGGAGCUAGUAGCAAACCAGGAGCUUUCUGGAAGAAUAGAUGAAAAUUAUUGUGACCUGCUUGCUAUAACUCCAGAUAACAGUGAACAGGAAGUGGAGCUAGCAGCAAACCAGGAACUCUCUGGAAGAACAGAAGAAAAUUAUUAUAAUCUGCUUGCUAUAUUUCCAAAUGCUGAUCCAACUUAUAUAAGAGAGACCUGUGAACGGAUUGCAGAUGACGAAGAUGCAAUGAAAAAAUUUGUUAAUGACACUUUAGAAAGUGGCAAGUACCCAACACUAGCAGAGUAUGAGGAACAAAUGAAAGUAGUGGAAAUUAGAGAGAAGUACUUAAAAAAUUUCAAAAUUGAAGAGUUUUUGGAAAUUUUUCCUGAUCCUUUUAAGUACUUUUUUGAAGAAAAAAAGAAUGACAAAAUUAAUUCUGAGUUAAGUUUAAAUUAUCUGAAAUCCCAUUAUAAGGAAAUAUGUACAGCAGUUUUGCAAGAAUGUUUGAUGAAAAAUGAAUACAGUCUCACUAAAUCGUGUGCAGAGUUAGAUAAGUGCCAAAAUUUUACAAAAUCACUGCAUGGUGAACAUGAAAUACAGUACAGUGAAAAUGAUGUGAAGGAUAUUUCAUUUAUGCAGGAGGUAGCUUUUAUUGAAAACAGACAAGAUAUAGAAACUUAUCUUAAUGAAAAGGAACUGAAGAGAGUCGAAUCACUUAGAAAGGCUAAGGAAAAUAAUGAAUUGCUGGAGUGUGGUUGUUGCUACGAUAAUGAAGUUUUAGCAGAGGACGUUGUCACCUGUGCUGAAGGUGAUAUAUUCUGCAAAACCUGCUUACAGAAAUAUGCUGAAAACCAAAUUGGAGAUGGAAAAACUGUCUUCACAUGUUUAAGUAAUUGCACAGCAGAAUUCAGUCUCAAGAUGUUGCAGCGUGUUCUCAAACCUUCAGUUUUUUCAAAAAUGUUACAAAGGAAGCAAAUGGAAGAGAUUAAAUCAGCAGCCAUUUGUGGCUUAGAAGUAUGCCCAUUCUGUGAUUUUGCUUCCAUUCCUCCAGAAGAAGAUAAAGUAUUUUGCUGUCUCAAUCCAGAAUGCAUGAAGGAAUCUUGCAGAAAAUGUAAAGAACUUAAUCAUAUACCUCUGCGAUGCGAAGAAGUUGAGAAACCAGAAGAAGUGAAGAUAAGAACUUACAUAGAAGAUAGAAUGACAGAGGCUUUGAUAAGAUCAUGUUGGAGAUGUGGAAAAAAAUUUAUCAAAAUUGAUGGUUGCAAUAAAAUGACAUGCACCUGUGGGGCUCUAAUGUGCUACAUUUGUCGCAAACCUGUAAAUGGUUAUGAUCAUUUUAAUGAAGAAGGUGGUACAAAUUAUCAUAAGUGUCCACUGUUCAGUAAAAAUGAUGACCUGCAUGUCAAAGCUGUUGAAGAAGCUGCAACAAAGGCUAGAAAUGAGACUCUAGCUAAGAAUCCCAAUAUUCAACUGAAACAUGAUCCAACACUCAUACUUCCAGAACGGACUCAAGAAGAUGUUCCUGGUCAACCUAAUGUUCAUUUUAUGUAG